AUGGAUAAAAAGAUAGUGCGCAAAGGGCCGCUGCCUGGGGGUCGCCGGGGCGCGUCUGGAGCUGGCGCUGGACGCGACAGCAUGCGGGCCGCCAGCCGAGCGCGAGGAGCUGCACGGUCACCUACCAGCCCUCCGCAUCCAUCAUCCCCACCAGAAGGCUUGGUGUCGGCUGGGUCUUCUCGGACUCAGCAAGCGGCACCCGCCGCUGGUGGAGCACGUCGCAUGCGUUGGUCACAAGAAAUGAAUGCAAACGCACUGCGGGCGUACUUUAGGGCAAAAGGGGAAGAAACUGGAUGUUUGGCGUAUCGGGCUAGGAUGCAUCGUCUUUUUGCUGAGCUGGAGCCAUCUUUAACCGUCACAGAGCAAAACCUGGCAGACCGAGUUCGGUAUAUCUUGCGCUCAAAUAUAUUUGAUGUCGCCGAACUCGAACGGCUACGACGUGAGGCUGUUCCCUCGUCGGAUGAGAAUGCUACGGCUGAGGAUGCGGCGCCACAAAUGGUAGAGCAACCCGCAAACGUGGAUGCCGCCGUGAAUACCCCAGUUGUGGUUGAUUCAAACGAUGAUGGAACAGUCGCCCAGGAACUGGAAUUAGAGCAUAUGAGGAGUACAUUGGAAGAGGCGAUUGUGGAAACGCGCAGUACGCCUCUCGAAAAUCGACCGCGACUUCCCCGCAUAGCCCUAAGCAAGCGGAAUCGGGCUGUCGUGAGGGCUCUGAACCCAAUGCUGGUUACCUAUUUGGAAGCCAGCCGGGACCUUUGCGAGACGGACUCAAUUCUUUUUGGCGCCGCGCUGGCAGUCUGCCGUAUCAUAGGCGCCAAGGUUUCCACGGCUGGACGCGCUACUGGCCAUAGUAGCGCUAUCCCAGCAUGGAGAAGAAGAAUUGAGGAACGUAUCGCAAAGGCUAGAGCUCUCAUCGGCAGACUGAUAUGCUUCAGAUCAGGCAACAACAGGCCAAGAAUUGUGCGCACCGUCAGGAUGGCGUUUGCUGGGACAAAUGUCAGUUUGUCCCAGCCGGAUAUAACGCAAAAACUGACGGAGCGCAUAGAUGAUCUGAAGCAGAGAAUCGCUGCUUGGGGAAAGCGGAUUCGGCGAUAUACCGAGAGGUCGACACGGUUCAACCAGAAUCGUCUCUUCCAGAGUGAUCAGAAGAGGCUCUAUGAAUCAUUGGAGCGACCAAUGGUAAGUGGAACGGGUCCAGCACCGAAUCAGGCCGACACUGUAGCAUUCUGGCGCGGCCUGUGGUCAGAGCCCGUAAACCAUAGCGAGGGCCCUUGGACGGAAGUUGUGGCGAGUCAGUGUGCGGGUAUUACGCCCAUGGACCCCGUCAUCAUAACGCCGGAUGACGUAGCUGAGGCGGUCCGUAGGGCCCCGAACUGGAAAAGUCCGGGGCUUGACGGGCUGCAUCACUACUGGCUGAAGGGGUUCAUGGUGUGUCACUCUGUGCUCGCCCGACAGUUUCAAGAGGCUCUCAACCAGAAGUCGCUCCCAAGCCUCUUCACUACUGGGAUCACUCAUUUGGUUCCUAAAGACCAGGGGCCGCUGCCUGGAGGUCGCCAGGGCGCGUCUGGAGCUGGCGCUGGACGCGACAGCAUGCGGACCGCCAGCCGAGCGCGAGGUGCUGCACGACCACCCAGCAGCUCCUCGCAUCCAUCAUCCCCACCAGCUGGCUUGGUGUCGGCAGGGUCUUCGCGGGCUCAGCAAUCGGCACCCGCCACUGGUGGAGUACGCCGCAUGCGUUGGACAACCCAGAUGAACAGCAACGCAUUGCGGGCGUAUUUUAGGGCGAAAGGGGGAGAAACUGGAGGUUUUGCGUAUCGGGCAAGGAUGCAUCGACUUUUUGCUGAGCUGGAGCCAUCUGUAACCGUCACCGAGCAAAACCUGGCAGACCGAGUUCGGUAUAUCUUGCGCUCAAAUACAUUUGAUGUCACCGAAUUCGAACGGCUACGACGUGAGGCUGUUCCUUCAUCGGGUGAAAAUGCUGCGGCUGAGGAUGCGGCGCCACAACUUGCUGAGCAAACGGCAAAUGUGGAUGCCGCCGUGAAUAUGCCAGUUGUGGUUGAUUCAAACGAUGAUGGAACAGUCGCCCAGGAACUGGAACUAGAGCAAAUGAGGAGUACAUUGGAAGAGGCGAUUGUGGAAACGCGCAGUACGACUCUCGAAAAUCGACCGCGACUUCCCCGCUUAGCCCUAAGCAAGCGGAAUCGGGCUGUCGUGAGGGCUCUGAACCCAAUGCUGGUUACCUAUUUGGAAGCCAGCCGGGACCUUUGCGAGACGGACUCAAUUCUUUUUGGCGCCGCACUGGCAGUCUGCCGUAUUAUAGGUGCCAAACUUUCCACGGCUGGACGCGCUACUGGACAAAGUAGUGCUAUCCCAGCCUGGAGAAUAAGAAUUGAAGAACGUAUCGCAAAGGCUAGGGCCCUCAUCGGCAGACUGAUAUGCUUCAGGUCAGGCAAUACCAGGCCAAGGAUUGUGCGCACCGUCAGGAUGGCGUUUGCUGGGACAAAUGUUAGUUUGUCCCAGCCGGAUAUAAUGCAAAAACUGACGGAGCGCAUAGACGACCUGAAGCAAAGAAUAGCUGCUUGGGGAAAGCGGAUUCGGCGAUAUACCGAGAGGUCGACACGGUUCAACCAGAAUCGUCUCUUCCAGAGUGAUCAGAAGAGGCUCUAUAAAUCACUGGAGCGACCAAUAGUAAGUGGAACGGGCCCUGCACCAAAUCAGGCCGACAUGGUCGCAUUCUGGCGCAGCCUGUGGUCAGAGCCCGUAAACCACAACGAGGGCCCUUGGACGGAAGUUGUGGCGAGUCAGUGUGCGAGUAUUACGCCCAUGGACCCCGUCAUCAUAACGCCGGAUGACGUAGCUGAGGCGGUCCGUAGGGCCCCGAACUGGAAAAGUCCGGGGCUUGACGGGCUGCAUCACUACUGGCUGAAGGGGUUCAUGGUGUGUCACUCUGUGCUCGCCCGACAGUUUCAAGAGGCUCUCAACCAGAAGUCGCUCCCAAGCCUCUUCACUACUGAGUGA